AUGGAAGGAUUCGAGGAUGAAAAAUGGGACUGGUUUGAGAUUAUCAAUGCUUGUGUUAUCCUUCACAAUCUUAUUCGAGUAGAAGAACCUAAUGAUCCAUUACUGGAAGAAGUUGAUCAUGAGAUUCUUAACCGAGUUAAUCCAGAUGGUGAUGAUCAGAAUGAGGAAGAACAGAAUCAGCCAAACAUGCAAGGUGGUGUGAAUGUUGAAGACUCUGAUCGCAUUACACUUGUGCAAUCUACACAUGAGUGGACUAGAUUUAGGGAUGCAUUAGCUCAAGCUAUGUUUAUUGAUUAUCAAAACAGGCUUAGAUGA